UGAUAUAUACUAAUCUUAAUGAUCCAUGCAGUUCCAUCAUCAUGGUAACGUUGAUCGUUGGUGUGGGGAACUAUGGACAUGGAUGGUUAAGUUCAAAGAUGCUGUCUUUUCCGCUGCAUUGGAGCCUGGCUGUGUAGGGGUGAAAAUUCUUUCUCUAAAGUUUAUGGAGACAUUCAUUUUGCUCUUUACUCCUGAUGCAUCUGAUCCUGAGAAAGUUUCCAGCGAAGGAAGUAGACAGAUGUUCAAUAUUUCCUGGCUUGCUGGCGGUCACCCCAUUCUGAAUCCAGCAACGCUAAUGUCUGAAGCAAAUAGGACAUUUGGCAUCUUAGUAGAUUUCAUACAGUCAGCUAAUCGUAUACCGGGUGCACUGACUGAUAUCUGUUAUUAGUUGUCUCGCGGUGGUAGCAAGGAAGAGGACUGUCCACUACAACACUGUCCUCUCUGUUCUGCUGGAUUUUCACCCAAAUAUUGAGACGGUUAAGGGGUGCCAUUCUGCAAGGAUUCAAUAUUCCAUUAGAACUG